AUGGCAACUAACGAGAAAGGCAUCAGUUACUACAAAUGCAACUCGUUUAAGGAUGACGGGUUGCAUAUUCGUCAUCGAUGUGUUUUUGCUAUGGAAGAAGAGUUGACGGAGGUUAAGAAGGAAGCUGCUGAAGUGAGAAAGAGGCUUUGUAAGAUGGAAUAUAAGAUAAGUGAAAUGCGUGAAGAGAUGAAACAGCUUAAGGAAUUAGUUAAGUAUAGUCAGUAA